AUGCACUCUAUCUUUCGUUUUAGGCACAUUGGAGCCUAUUGUGACUAUAACAAGUGGUAUCAGAGCCCCUUGGAGCAGUUUCGACAAUGGCUGGACCUGAGGAAAGGGGUGGCAGAGGUGCUGGUGGCAGAGGAGAAGCCCAAGCUCAAGGCCAACCCCGUGAUUCAACCAUGGCGCCCGUGCAACCAAGUAAUGGAGAACAUAUUUGACCACUAUGACCUGCUGGAGGUGAUGGAAGGAACGGAGAAGCGUCCCGAGAACGACCCGGAGAAGAGCCCGUGGGUGCGGAAGAGCGCACAAGGCUACCUCCUACUUGGGCAAGCGUUGGGGAGCAGCCAAAUCCGUCACAUCAAGCCUUUCCAGCGUGAACCAGAGAAGGGACCAAAAGCAUGGGCUGCUCUCAAGGGUGUACACGCUCCUGCAACAGCGGCGGUAGCUGUGGUGUUGGAACGGCAAAUGGCGACGUUACGAAUUGAAGAGGAUGAAGCGGUUGAAGAAGGGGUGCAGAAAUUCUUCGACUUGUUGACGCGGCUUGAGGGAGCUGAUUUGAACUAUAGUGAGCUCAAAAAGAAGACCAAAUUGCUGGCCCUACUCCCCGAAUCAUGGUCCUCGCUCAUCAUCAACCUGAAUUGCGACUUGCCCCGCCUCUCGCUCGAAGACGUGAAGCGGGCUAUCCUUCAAGAGGAUUUCCGCCGCCGUGAGUUGGCGAGUGCGGAUGGCGCUGGGGCAGCGAGCAUCGGCCGUGGAUAUGGUCGAGGAAGAGGCAGAGGACGAGGGGGAGGAAGGUUUGGUGGCAGCAACUUCGGCGGAGGCCGCGGGAGUGGCGGUUACGGCAGCGACGACAAGAGCUACGGACGCGGUCGCGGCCGAUUCGACGGCGAGUGUCACUAUUGCCACAAGAGCGGACACAUGUGGCGCGACUGCUACAAACUCCCUGAUGGUUGGACCCCUGCUCAAGGCCAAGAGGGUAGAGGAGCAGGAGGAGGGAGAGGACGAGGCCGUGGAGGCCGUGGCGGUCGCGGUGGCGGAGCUGCAAACAUGAAGAGCGGAGACAACGACAAGGACCCGAGCGACGAUCGAUACCCGGGUCUAUUCUACUUCGUGUCGACGCAAGCACCGGCUGGUCCAGAGAAGGAUGAAGGCUUUGAGGAGCCAGCAGCUGUGGGGAAGGUGACCCUACACCCCCUGGACUACUGGGUGAUUGAUAGUGGCGCUACCUAUAGCAUGACACCUCGCCCGGACUUGCUCACCGAACUCGAGCUGUCACCGGUGAAGCAUGUCACAUCGGCUUUGGGGCAGCGAGCUGAGGUGAAAGGCAUGGGGAAGGCCAUGUUCAAGGGUGCUGAUGGGAAGAUGGUGGGCCUCAAGAACGUGCUUUGGGUGCCCAGCCUUGCUGCAAACCUGAUUUCCGUGCGGCGGUUGGCAAAGGCCGGUAUGGACACUAACUCGAAGGGUUAA